AUGGCGGAAGGACGCAGAGAGCAGCCGCCUCAUCCUCUCCUCUCCUUACCGCCGGCCAGCAAGCGACCCUGCUUGCGCCCCGCUCCCCGAGGUCCCGGCCCGGGGCCCGGACAUGGCAGCGGCUUGUCGAACUCCCGGUACCGCUCCCCGGAGACUCUCCUGGACUGCGCGGCGAAAGCGGUGGCAGAGAAGUGGGCCUUUGAGAGAGUGGAGGAGCGCUUCGAGCGAAUCCCGGAGCCCGUGCAGCGUCGCAUCGUCUACUGGUCUUUUCCCCGAAACGAGAAGGAGAUAUGCAUGUAUUCAUCGUUCCAGUGUCGGGUCGCCGGCGAAGAUGGCCCGUCGGCGGCUUCAGCCGGCGCUGGGACUGCUUCUGGAACCGGAGCUCCCACCGCCGGCAGCGGCGGAGGCGGAGCUGCCGCUGGUACAGCGGCUGCUGUGGGGGCAGCCGGAGCGGCGGGGACCGGCGACGGGCUUCCGUUCCGCCGCGGUAUCCGGCUUCUGGAGACCGGUUGCGUGGAAAACGUUUUGCAAGUCGGGUUUCAUCUCAGUGGUACAGUAACUGAAUCGGCAACAUCUUCAGAGCCAGAAGUCACUCACAAGGUGGCGAUCAGUUUUGACCGCUGCAAGAUAACCUCAGUCACCUGUGGAUGUGGCAAUCGAGAUAUUUUCUACUGCGCUCAUGUGGUGGCACUAUCUCUAUACCGGAUUCGCAAGCCUGAUCAGGUGAAGCUGCGGCUGCCAAUUUCAGAGACGCUGUUCCAGAUGAACAGAGAUCAGCUCCAGAAGCUUGUCCAGUAUCUGAUAACAGCCCACCACACCGAGGUCCUGCCCACUGCUCAGAAACUGGCCGACGAGAUUCUCUCCUCCAACUCUGAGAUCAACCAGGUUCAUGGUGCUCCAGACCCCACUGCAGGAGCCAGUAUUGAUGAUGACAACUGCUGGCAUCUAGAUGAAGACCAGGUCAGAGAGCAAGUCAAACAGUUUCUAUCCCAGGGAGGGUACUACGGCUCUGGAAAACAACUCAACUCCAUGUUCGCCAAGGUGCGGGAAAUGCUCCGAAUGCGAGAUUCCAAUGGCGCCCGAAUGCUAACGCUGAUAACGGAACAGUUUAUGGCGGAUCCUAGGCUGUCUCUCUGGAGACAGCAGGGCACGGGCAUGACGGACAAAUGUCGGCAGCUCUGGGACGAGCUCGGUGCAUUAUGGGUGUGCGUGGUGCUUAACCCUCACUGUAAGAGUGAGGAGAAGAGCGGCUGGCUGAAGCAGCUGAAGAAGUGGGGGGACAUGGAUGUCUGUCCGCUGGAGGACGGCAACUAUGGCAGUGAGCUUCCAAAUAUCACCAAUGCUUUACCGCAGAGCAACCUAGCACAGGACUCCCUGUCCCGGCCGAGGAGGACGGUGUUCAGCCGAGCUAUCGAAGCCUGUGACCUCCACUGGCAGGACAGCCACCUGCAGAGGAUCAUCAGUAGUGACUACUACAUGUCUCCGUCCUACCAGAGAGAGGGAGAGAGUCUGCUGUUCAACCCACAGGGCCUGCCGCUAUGGCUAGACCACGUCCCGACAGCGUGUGCCCGUGUUGAUGCCCUGCGUUCUCACGGUUACUCCAGGGAAGCACUCCGAUUGGCUGUCGCCAUCAUCAACACGCUCCGCCUCCAACAGCAGCGACAGAUGGACAUCUACAAACAUCAGAAGAAAGAGCUUCUGCAGAGAGGUGUAACAUCAACCACCAACCUGGAAGGCUGGGUGGGUCAUCCCUUAGACCCAAUUGGCUGUCUGUUCACCACGCUCACUGAAACCUGCCGCGUGGAUGAUGACACCACCAUGGACACAGGGGAGGGUGACCCUAGAUCUCCAGUCUACCACCAUGCACCAGUAUGGGGCAGUCCAGAUGUAGGAGAGUCCUACCUGACUCUGGCCCUAGAGGUGGCUCUGAUGGGUAUGGGCCAGCAGAGAAUAAUGCCAGAGGGCCUGUAUGCUCAGGAUAAGGUGUGUCGUAACGAGGAGCAGAUUGUUGCAAAGCUACAGGAGCUGGAGCUGGAUGAUCUUCUGGUCCAAAUGCUUCGGAAACAGGCUGUGCAGCUACUAGAAGCUGGUCCGUUCAGCGGUCUUGGUGAGGUCAUCCACAGGGAAAGUGUUCCCAUGCACACCUUCGCCAAGUACCUCUUCUCUGCUCUGCUGCCGCACGAUGCAGACCUAGCAUACAAGGUGGCACUGCGCGCCAUGAGGCUGCCUGUGCUGGAGUCAUCAGCGAGCUCUGGGGACGUUGGCCAUCCUCAUCAUGGCAUCUCCAUAGUUCCAAGUAGAUACCCACGCUGGUUCACACUGGGACAUUUGGAGUCCCAGCAGUGUGAGCUGGCUUCAACUAUGCUCACUGCCGCUAAAGGUGACAUGUUGAGGUUGCGCACUGUAUUGGAGGCCAUCCAGAAGAACAUCCACUCUUCUUCUCUAAUCUUCAAACUGGCCCAGGACGCUUUUAAGAUAGCCACACCCGCAGACAGCCCUCCUGAUAUAACGCUUCUCAACGUGGCACUGGAACUUGGCCUGCAGGUAAUGAGGAUGACUCUGUCCACUCUGAACUGGAGGAGGAGGGAGAUGGUUCGCUGGCUGGUAACCUGCGCCACUGAAGUUGGUCUGCGAGCACUGGUGAGCAUCCUGCAGAGCUGGUACACUCUCUUCACACCCACCGAGGCCACCAGCAUCGUGGCUGCAACCGUCAUGUCCCACAACACCAUCCUCCGCCUCAGCCUGGACUACCCCCAACGCGAGGAGUUGGCCAGCUGCGCUCGCACUCUGGCCCUGCAAUGCGCGAUGAAGGACCCCCAGAACUGCGCACUGUCGGCCCUUACACUCUGCGAGAAAGACCACAUCGCCUUUGAGACGGCCUACCAGAUCGUGAUUGAUGCUGCGUCUACAGGGAUGACCUACUCGCAGCUGUUUACCAUAGCGAGGUACAUGGAGCACCGAGGAUACCCGCUGCGCUCCUUCAAAUUGGCCUCUCUCGCCAUGACACACCUUAACCUGGCUUAUAACCAGGACACCCACCCAGCCAUUAAUGACGUGCUCUGGGCCUGCGCACUCAGCCACUCCCUGGGCAAAAAUGAGCUGGCGGCCAUUAUUCCCCUCGUGGUGAAGAGCGUGCACUGUGCCACGGUGCUGUCUGACAUCCUUCGCAGGUGCACGAUGACGGCACCAGGUCUCGCUGGUAUUCCUGGAAGAAGGAACUCUGGGAAGUUGAUGUCAACGGACAAAGCGCCGCUUCGGCAGCUUCUAGACGCUACGAUCUCAGCAUACAUCAACACCACGCACUCUCGACUGACGCACAUCAGCCCGCGGCACUAUGGAGAGUUCAUAGAGUUCCUGAGCAAAGCACGCGAGACUUUCCUGCUGGCACAGGACGGCCACAUCCAGUUUGCUCAGUUCAUAGACAACCUGAAACAGAUCUACAAGGGCAAGAAAAAACUCAUGAUGUUGGUCAGGGAACGAUUUGGCUGACCUCAAUGGCCUGGACUCUUCCUCACAGGGAGCCUCUUUUUCUUCUUUUUUUUACUUUGUAUUUUUACUUCUUUUGUUGAGCCAUUUGUUGAUUUAAGUCUUAUGUUUUUGUUCUGUUUUGUGGUUUUGCUUCUUAAAUGUGAACCAGGAAGCACAGUGCUCUGCUUCGUUGAGACUGCAAAAGAGGGGAAGCGGCUUUCAUAUUUCAAAGAAACAACGAGGAAAAGCCUUACCGCCCCAACUAAAAUCUGCUGUCAAAAUCUCCAAAACCUACGAGUAAUAGAAAAUAGCUAUAAAAUAGCAACAUAGCAAAAUAAUCUUCUUGUAGCUGGGCCCGUGGCGAAUUAGAAUCCAAAUGAUUUUGUUGGAUGGAGCACAAAGUGUGAGGCAGAAGAUGCUUUCACCCUGCAGCAGCUUCCAAGGUAAAAAUAACCUGUCAUUCCAAAAAACGUUUGUUUUUCAAUUUAAAAAAACACUGCAGUCAAACACGUAUACUGCUUGCCAUCAUAACAUGACUGUAUUUUUUUGUCAGCUUUAACUCCUGUGUGAAAUGCCUGCUUUUUGACUUCAGGGUUCUUAGUGUGGAGGCAGAGGAACACAAAAAUACAUGUGUGGUCUCUCUGCAGCUAUGUAGAACUGGACUGAAGUCCAUGUGGUCCCGCAGACUUUCUCGUCAGAACUUGUUUUUCCAAAAUAUGUUCAGAGGUUGCAGAGUGUGUGUUUAUUUUGUACAUCCUCUUGGAAGCUUAUUACCAGUGAGAAAAUAUAACAUUUGCAUCGCAGUAAGGUUUGCCAACACUCAGGAUUGUACACUGUAGGAAUGUUUCCCCCGAUAACUGCAGAUUUUUUCGUGCAGCCAGAAUUUUGCCACUUUUAAAAGGAGUAAGGGUUUCAGGAUUUUUUGGUUGAAUGGUAAUAGUUCAUAUCCAAAAAAGUAAUUAAAAAAACAGCAGGCCAGGUAGUACCUCUCAUAUGAUGACUGUAAAUUGUUGCCGUAAACCGGACAGUCCUCAUUACUGAUAAGAUGAAAACAUCAUGACUUGCUCAAGCAUCUAUAGCGAAGUGAUAAUAAAUAUUUCGGAACUUUCAAAACAAAAAUUUGAAAAUUAUUCAACUACAAACAUGUUUAUACCUUCUGUAGUGUUCCAGCCUUUCAGUGAUUUCCUGGACUCGACGUCAGUAAUGUAACUUGAACAUCUCGGCAUUGACAUUCAUGUCUCAGGGUUUGCGGCCUAUGAGAAUGAUACUCACCUGAGAAGAGGUCAAUGGACAGAGGUGUUUGAUGAACCUAUAUCUUUGCAGGAAAGCGGCCUUUUAGGACCUUGUGUUUGCUGUCUUGCUAUAUGUUUGUGGGACUUUGAUGUUAACCAGUGAGCUGAAGUAACAGCUGGAUGUCUCUGGUAUGAGGUCUCUUCAGAGGAUCCUUGGGUACCGCUGCACUGACUUUGUGUAUCAAACAAAUGGUUACUUUGGAAGACUCUGAGUUGUACCACCUGUAUUGUGAGGGAAUGUAAACUACAGCAUUUUAGCAAUGUGAUGCAUUUCUCAGGGCAUGAUCCAGCAUGCAGGUGCCUCAGUGUUGACCCCAGCGGCUGGAGACGGCCAAGGAGAUGCCCGCAUUUCAUCGAGCUGCAGCAGAUGGUUAUUUUAGAGAUGUGGAGAGGGACCGGUUGUCUGCCUGGGUGGGUGCCAUCCAGGACCCAAAGAGGUUCCCUUGUGUGUUGUAUGCUGUGACCUGCAGUACCUAUAGUGUUCAUGGAAAAACAAAACAAAAAACAACUUACCUGGCCUUGUUUGUAAAACAGUGAAGAAGACAGCAGCCACCACAGUGGCAGUUUUCACAGUUCGGGCUCCUUCUUGGAACUUUGGUAAAGAAUAACCAGCUGGAAUAAGUAAUUUUUUUUUUCUCUCAUUUGGUCUUUCGAGCAUGUGACAUUCCUCCAGUUCCUUAAAAAGAGCCUGUAGUUUUAAAUUAUUUUAUCUCUUACUGGUCCUUGCUUCUGUUUGUGAUCAUUAUGGGAUGUGGACACAAACAGUCUUUCUGAGUGCAAAUACUUAAAAAAGAAAAAAAAAAAUCUGUAUGUUUUCUCACUUUCUUUGUUAAUAAUGUCAGUAUACAGUACAGCAAGGGUGUGUGUCUUUCCCGGUUGGAUGAAACGUCAUCGUACAAGCACUUGACAAAAAUACCUCUUCAGUACGUUCCUGCCUGCUUCAGCAUUUAUUUAUUGAUUGUUGAUUAAUUUUUGUAGUGAGUUAUAGACACACAGACGUGAAGAGACAAAAGAGUUUGUGAAUGGGUGAGAGUUACCGUCACCCACCCCAGGCUGUUGGUCAUGUCUCUGGGCUUUUUGGAUUGGAUGGCACAGAGAGGAAUAAAUGAAUAAAAACAAAUUUAAAAAAAAGGAAGACUGAACAAAAGAAAGAAGAGGCUAAACUCAGUUCUCAGGGACAUCAGUUAAAGAAACAAAACAAAAAGUAGUAGCAUUAAGCAUUUAAGAUAUUGUAAAUAUUAAAGUGUCAAUUCAGAAAAUUGUAAAGUUAUAAUUAUUUAUGGAAAGUAUGUUGUUUUCUUUUUUGUUUGUGUAUUGGCAGGGGUGUACUUGAAUUCUUUUAGUUGGGGAAUUAGAUUUUUUUUUUUCCUUUUUUUUUUUUUUUGUAAAGGCAGAGACUUCAAGGCAUUUCUCAGGUGCUCCUGUGUGCUCUUUUUGUUUUUUUUGUUUUUGUUUUUUUGUUUUUCCUAUAAUAACUGUUAUUUGAAAAAAAUUUAACUUACAUUUCUUUGCAGAAAAGGAAAAAAAAUCUGAAAGGAGGCAUGUUAUUUGGAGUUGUGGGAAAUAUAAAGGCAUUCAUUUGAAAAACGGAUGUUAAACCUGACUAUGCAGAAUCUCUCAGUGGUCCCGUCAUGUCUUAAAUAUGUCCCGCCUGAGUGGAUGGAACCACUGUUAAAGGAGGGGGAGGGACAAAGAGGAGGCACAGCGUGCUUUUGCAUUUGGACAAUGGGCAGUAGCCAGCCUGCAUACAAUGCAACAGUUAGAAGAAAACAAAAAACGAAAAUGCCUUUCUGACCGAUCAAUGUACAAAGUUUAAUUUUGUUUAAGUUCUGUGUUGUUUUAUUUAAUCGGGAUUCAAGCCUUUAGUGAGAGUGUGAGAAUAAAUAAAAAUGUCAAAGUCAGGAAAAGCAACCCGGGUGCUGGUGGACGACAUCGCACUCGCUCCUUGUUGUCCUGUGACUUGAGUUCCGAUUGCUUUCUGCACUGUUAUCAGCUGACAGAACAGGCUGAAUUCAGCUCUUUUUUCUCGACAUGUGUAUCCUCUUUUCCUAAUGUUUGUUCCCACCCGGAUCGCCUUUUUCCUCUUUCAGCACGGGGAGGGUUUUGGCUUGAAACAAUGCAUCAAUCUGUCAGUGAGCAGCCACUCCUGUGUUAUAAACAUGUCGGGACACCAGUGCCCCGCAGCAGCUUUGUAACCUCUUCUGGGGAAAAAAAAAAGAAAAAGAGAAGAGUGAUAGCUGGGUCUGUGUUGAGUUGUGGCGAUUUGUCCUGCUGUUGGACUGUUGCAUCAUAAGUAUAAUUUCAUGCAAAUUGUUUUGAGCGGUUGCCUAAGUUGGAUAUGAUGCAUUGUGUGCAGCGUUAUGAUAAACUGACAGCUCCCCCCCGUGUUUCACAUUGUGUUAGUUAUAUCAAUUUCUAGAGUUUUUGUUUUUUUUGUUUGUUUGUUUGUUUUUUUGUAUUUGGUUUGUAGGAGAGUCCUAUUUGCUGGUAGAGAUUGUUCACUAGAUCACCUACUGUUUUUUUUUUUUUCUGUUUGAUUUGUUCUGACUUAAGGGAAAAUGGAAAAACGUGUUUGUUGCCUCUUUGUGCUACUGAUUAUUAAAAAGGUAUUUCCAGUAUUUGUUGCCACAGAAGUAUGAUAGCUUAUCAUCACUUGUUUUGUUUCUUUAUUUGUCAUUUUUUGUGUGAUUUCUUGAGCUACUGUCUAUAAAGCCAGAAUUUAUUACUAUUUAUGUAACGCUACAACCAUUUUAUAUUGAUUUGUGUUGGAAUCUCAGUGCUUUUUCUAUGAAUAAAGUGUGAAACACGUUACACAA